AUGAGUCAGGGGCUUAGCGCUAAGUCACAGGAGGAGUAUGAGGAUGACUUUGAGAAGGACUUGGACUGGUUGAUCAGCGAGGAGGGCCACAGUGAGGACCAGGGGUCCGACUACAAAGACAUUGAGGCUGAAAUAGAUAAAGAGCUGGAGGACCACGAUGACCAGGGCCGAGGAGGGAAAGAGAAGAAAAGCCAGAACAGGGAGAAGAGCGGGAAGGAAUCAAAAGAGGCAGAGGUGGAGGAAGAUGAGGAGAGAUGGCCGUCUCCCAUGGAACCCUUGGAGUACAGUUCAGACCGAGACAGUCCGUUUCGAGCCCUGCCUAUUGCUCCGCCUCCUCUGGCAUCGGACAACCAGCCGGAGGAGGAGAAAAAGUACAUCCUGGAGAAAAUACAGUGGGCCAAUCAGGAGCUGCAGGACCAGGAGGCCCCAGACACCACACGGCGCAAAAGGCUGCACUUCAAGGACAUGCUGGUGGACAUGGUGGUGCCUCCUUUUGGGUACCAGAAGUCAGGAGAUGAUGGCGCUCCCCGCAGGGAAAGGGUGGAAGGACAGGAUGGUAGUACUGAGGGAGCUGAAAGUGAGGUGGAAGAAAGAGAGGUGUCCGGGAAACUUUCUGAGCUGAAAAUCUCCCCUCGGCCCUGGGAGCGGAGUGAUGGAGAAUGGAGCGGCCAGGGUGGGCCGGAGGUAAAGGAGGACAGAGUUUUGGUGGAAAAAGAUGGCAAGUUUGACCUGGUGAGCCUGAAGGAGGUGGACAGUCAAGGUCUGCUGCCUCCCUUAGCCAACAACUCUGGCAGCCAGCCCCGCUCCUCCCGUCGCCCAAGGGAGUCUGCUUUGGGCUUCAGUAGGAUCCAAAGUUCCCCCUCCUCCUCCUCCCCUCGUCCCCUUUCUCAGCAGGGCAUCGAGCACCUCUGGGUUCCCAGACCCCCAGCACAACCCCGGAACCGGCCCAACUCCGCCAGUCACGGCCAGAGAGGAAGCCCGAGCAGAGGUGCCAGGCGGCGAGUACAUUCCGCCACUGGGACUUCCUGCCAGAUGACCUUCACCCUCUCCCCCCAGCAGAAGGAGCAGCUGCAGAAAAUCCAGGAGAGGAAGGCGAGACGAGAAAAAGAGGCAGAGGAGAGAAAACGUGAGGAAGAGGAGCAGAGGAAGAGGGAGAAUGAGGUGGCAUUCCGGGCGUGGCUGAUGAAGAAGAGAGGGCAGCUCCAGGAGGAGAGACGGAUCCACCGAGCUCAGGAAAUGGAGAGGAUGAAUAGCAAUGUCUACCAGGUAUCCAGUGACCGGGAGGAGGUGUUUAAGUCAUGGCUGCAGAGGAAGCAGGAGCAGCAGCAGAGAGAGAGGCAGCUGGAGGAGCUGAGGAGGCUGGAGCAGGAGAGCAGCUACCUGCUGCACAACCGCCAGCAGUGUGAACGAGCCUUCAAACUCUGGCUGAAGCGGAAGUGGGUGGAGAAGCGCGCAGAGCAGCAGGCGGCUCGGGAGCGCUCCCGUAGGCUGGUGCUGGAGGAACGCCACGCACGACGCACGCAAGACCUGCUGCUGUGCACUGUCAACGACAACAAGCCCUUCAGGUUCACCUAACACCUGGCAUACCGUCUCUGAACCUUCAGACCAGGCUUCACUGAAUGCAGAGAGCAGCAAGAUAAAGCUCGGAAUUACUGCGGUCGCCUCACACGGAUGGCACGAAAAUGUCUCUUGCUCAUGACUCUCCUAGUAAGAGUCAAGCCCUGG